AUGCCUCGUGUCCGGAGAAAGUCGAGCAACUUGGGCGCAGACAUUCGCGGUGACACCAGCGCUCCCGCCAUGUCCACCAUGAACGAGUUCAGUCCAAUCGAGCCCCAGGCGCCCAAAUGGGAUCAGGUCGCGCCGUCUCGUUCGUCCUCCAAGUCGCAGUCGAAGCGUCGCAAGAGUCGGUCUCUCCUCCGUCGGUUUAAGGAUAAUUGUCUCAAGCACACAUGGCUUCUUCCCCUCCUGAUCUUGGUCGUUCUCCUGUCGGCCUACGCCGUCAACCCCACGCCUUCCAACCCCCUCCAUAGCGCCAUCUUUCUGUCCUACCCGCAACCUCCGAAGACCCCCGGCGGCCCCGUGAUGUAUGGGAAAGGCCCCAAGGAUAUCGCGUUCGUCGCGUUCUACACCAUCGUUCUGUCAUUCACUCGGGAGUUCUUGAUGCAGCGCAUGAUCCGGCCGCUCGCGGUGUGGUGUGGCAUCCGCGGCAAGGGCAAGACUGCCCGGUUCAUGGAGCAAGUGUACACGGCGAUCUACUUUGCGAUCUUUGGUCCCUUCGGCUUGUACGUGAUGAGCCGCUCCGACAUCUGGUACUUCAACACGACGGCCAUGUUCGAGGGCUUCCCCCACCGUGAGCACGAGGCGCUGUUCAAGGCCUACUACCUCCUUGAGGCGAGCUACUGGGCUCAACAGGCCAUCGUGCUCAUGCUGCAAUUGGAGAAGCCCCGCAAGGACUUCAAGGAGCUUGUGGGACACCACAUCAUCACCCUGGCGCUGAUCGGCUUGAGUUACCGGUUCCACUUCACCUACAUGGGCAUUGCAGUGUACAUUACGCACGACAUCUCCGAUUUCUUCCUUGCGACCUCCAAAACCUUUAACUAUCUCGAUUUGGCUAUUACCGCUCCCUACUUCGGCGUGUUCGUUGGUGUAUGGAUUUACCUUCGCCAUGUGCUGAACCUCAAGAUCCUGUGGGCGGUUCUGACGGAAUUCCGCACCGUGGGACCCUUUGAGUUGAACUGGGAAACGCAGCAGUACAAGUGCUGGAUCAGUCAGUACAUUACGUUCGCCUUACUGGCCAGUCUGCAGGCGGUGAAUCUUUUCUGGCUCUUCCUGAUCCUCCGCAUCCUCAAGAACUACCUCUUCACCAACGUGAAGAAGGACGAGCGCAGUGAAGACGAGGACUCUGAGGAGGAAGAAGAGACGACCGCUCGUGCGACGGGUGUGGAGUCGUCCUCGAUGACGGCCCGCAAUGUGGGCAAGGAGAACCAGGCGCCGCAGGUGCUGGUCAACGGACAGCCCCUCCACUCGAGCAAGAAAGACUAG